CAGAACUGCAGAUAUUCAAAAAUGGGAAAUUGUUUCAUUGAGAACCAUGGUUAUAUUGUCACCAUGGUUGUUGCUGCUCUUGGUUCUUCUGUUUUGACUGCUCUUGUAUGUUUCAUUGUAUAUGAGACAACCCUAAAGACAGAUGAUUGUAAGUUGCUGUCGGCACCCUCUCAACAUGGGAAACGCCCGUGCCCGCCUGACUGGAUUGGACACCAGAUGAAAUGUUUCUACUUCUCAGAUGAAGAAAAAAACUGGACUGCUAGUCAAGAAUUUUGCUCUUUGCACAAUGCCUCUCUGGCCAUUAUUGAAAAGGAAGAACGGGAUUUUGUGCAGCGUUACAAAGGCAGCACUCCCCACUGGAUUGGCUUCAAACGAGACCCAGAUCAAGACUGGAAAUGGAUCAAUGGAAAUGCUUCAACGUUGACAGUCCUCGGUAAUGGAGGGAACUGUGCCUUUCUGAAUGACGAAGGCAAAGCAAGCAGUUCCAUGUGCCGUACAGUCCAUCACUGGAUAUGCAGCAAACCUGAUGAAUUCACAAGUCCAAAGAUAGCUUGAAGGCAUAUGGUUUCCAAUGUACUCAGCUGGAAUUAUCUUGAAUUAUUGACUGUAGUAACAAAUGAGCCUUAUACAUAGAGAAGGAUAAGUUAUUUCUGCCUUUGCACACUGUAAUCCUA